CUUAACACUGGGCAUGGUGGGGACAGCACCAAAAUACCGCUCACGGCAUCUGUCACUGGAGUAUUGCAAGAUUCGGUGUGGUUAAGAUUUCAAAUCACCUCUGACUGGAGGAUUAUCAGGGAGGAUGAAUCGCUCCUGUGUAAAAUGCUGGAAAACUAUGUUGAUCAAUCUCCACUUUCUCUGCUGGCUGUGCGGCGCCUUCGUGGUGGCUUUCGGAGAAUUCCAGAUGAUGCACUCUCUGUUCGCCUCCCUCAUCACCACCUUCUGGCCCAUCUACCCCGCCAACACCCUGGUGGUCACUGGCACCAUCGUUACAUGUGUGUGUUAUCUAGGCGUGUUGGGGGGCAUGAAGGAGAACCGCUGCAUGCUCAUCAGUUUUUUCAUCCUGCUGUUUAUUCUGAUGCUGGUGGAGCUGGCCAUGGCCUGUGUGUUCUUCGUCUAUAGCAGAGAGAUUGACUCAUACUUUGAGAAAGACCUGAUGCAAAGCCUGGAGAUCUACAGACAGUCCAGUGCAGAGGGAAACAAGACCAUUAAAGAAGAUUUUGAUGCAGUGCAGAACCUGUUUAAGUGCUGUGGAGUUCAUGGUGUGGCUGACUGGAAGGGGAACAUCCCAGUAUCCUGUUGUGUCGAGGACCCCUGCACCGGCCCCAUCCAAACCAACUGGCAAGAGGGUUGUCUCCUCAAAUUGAAGGACUGGUUUGCAAGAAACUAUCUGAGCACAGCCGCUGGUGUUGUGACCAUGUUUAUCAUACAGUUUAUCUGUCUGUGUAUCACCAUCCCUGUCUUUUGCAACUUCAGUCGACGUGGACUGGGUUACCAGUAAAGAAAAUGGAUGCAUAAAAUCAUAUCUGCAAAGUACAGUGACUUUCUGCAUGUGACCAUGACCUGUAUAAACUUGUUAAUGAAUUUGUUAUGAAAGCCCAGGCAGUGGCUUCGAUCAGAAAGCCAACAGAAAAAACGUGCUAGCUCUUCGACCAGGAAUAAAUCAUGAGGAUGGCUGCUAAUUAUCACUUUUAAUUACGGCUUAUGAGGUGACAGACCAUCAAAUGUGAUAUUGAAAACAUCGCCAUCUGCUCUCCCUGGUGCAUUGGACUUGUGUUGAACAAACCAGGGGUAGAGAAAGUCCCCCCCAAAAAACCUAUGAUCAUUAUUUCACCCAUCAUUAUUUAAAAGGGUUUAAUUUUUCUCCUUUGUUCUAACCUUUUGAUUUUUGUUUAGCUUAUGGAUUCCAGUGUCAAAUUUGCUCAAGCAAACAUAAGAGUCCCUCCUGUUUCUGCCCCAGUUGAGCACUAAAUUGUGUGGGUGGACCCCCCUGCAAGCCUCUCUAAAUUAUCAAUUGAUUCAUUAUCAAAUAUGUAUUUAAUAUUAUACAAAAUAUUAAGGUUUCUUUCCGUAGAGUGUUAGACGCUCCUGGGUGAGACUGUAAAUGUAAUAAUUUAAUAAUGGUCGGAAUUUUUUAUUCCUUUUUAUGGCCCCUCGCAGUGUUGACCCAGCCCAAGAUGCAGUCUGCAGGCGUCCCUCUACCAGCCCCAUGUUGGGCACCAAAUGCUGGAGAGGAUUACAACUGCAGGGGAGGGAUUCAUUUAUUAGAACACGCUACUGGUUUUAAUUAACAAUAUUGUUGUCAAUAUACUGACGUGUGCGUGUGCAAGCCCCAUAUCUCAUAACUGCUCAUUAGUGUGUAUAUGUGAGGGACUUUCUUAUUGUCCUGUGUUUUGUGCAUAUAAGGUGACUAGUGAGGAUUGGCAUUUCCCAUACUGCAGAACAGUUAUAUAACUAGUCAUAGAACACUGGUCAUUUCUAGAUUAAGCUGCACACAAUAGUAUCAUUUGCUUUACCAGUCAAAAACUAAAUGUGAGUAUGCGUUUACUCUGCACAAUAAAAAUUUUAGAACUCAUAUUCAGUAGAGCUGAUCUACUUCAGCUCUACUUCAUAGCUAAUGUCAGCUGUGGGGAGUGUUACAUGUAAAAAUGAAACUCUGCUAAGUCAGUGUUGUAAAAUAUGAACAUUAUUAUCAUUCAUGGGUGGUUUUCUCAUGACAAGUGGUUGUUUUCCACCAAAUGAUACUCAUGUGAACGAGGUUUGCUGUGGUGGCUGGAGAAGCGGCCUUUAAUUCAGCCCUUGCUGAGUGGCUGGCGAAUGGUGUCUUUAUAGGAAUUCUGUAUGUAUGCUUCCUCUGCUGGUGUGCAUUGCUUUUCA